AUGGCGCGAUCACAAACCAAGACCCUCCCCGUCAUCCCCCUCGCCCGCGGCACCAUCCUGUUGCCCGGUGUCACUCAGCGCAUUCCCGUCACCGCCGCCCGACCCGAUAUCCCCGCCCUCCUCGCAAACGUCUACGAGCGCGCGGCCUCCGCCGCCCCCAACGAGCGCAUCGACUCCGUCCCCAUCGCCUGCGUUCCCGUUUCCUCGCCUUUCGUCGGCCCCAACGGCCAGCUUCUCAUUCAGGAUGCCGACCAGGUAGACGAGGCUCUCAUCAAGGAGGUCGAUCCCGGUACCGCCCGCAAGGCCGACCUCUUUAACUACGGCGUCGCCGCUCGCAUCACCGGCAUUGAGGGUAGAGGAACUGCCGAGUUUGCGUUGCGCGUGGAGGGUGUCGCGAGAGUCCGCGUCGAGAAGGUCACACAGGAGAGGCCGCACUUCGAGGCCAAGGUUAAGUACUUCCACGAUGAAGUCUCUGCAGAUGCCCAGAUGCAGGAGCUCUUCUCCCUCCUGAAGUUGCGAUCAAGAGAGCUCGUCACCAUUCUCCGCAUAUCCGCCCUCCUCCCCAGAAGCCCCGACAGCCCCGGCGGCCUGUCGCCCCUGCUGACUCGACGUCUCGAACUGUUCAUCAACAAGAAGGAGCUCAAGGACGCCGGCAACCUGGCAGAUUUCAUGGCCAACAUCGUCGAGGCUUCGUACGAGGAGAAGCUGGAGGUGCUUGCGGCCCUGGAUGUUAAGGUUCGCCUGGCCAAGGUCAUUGAGCUGCUGGAUCGUCAGGUCGGGGGUAUUAAGAACAACUUCAAGAUCACAACGUUUACCAGCGUGCCUGUCCAAUUCCUGGACAAGAUCAACGACCGCUCAUCGCGCCGCGUUGGUCCCAAUGGCAUCCCGAUGCCGCCGAACACCAUGUUCCCUCCUGGUCCCAACGGCGUCAUGGGCCCCAACCAAGACGAGGAUCAGGAGCCCAAUGAGUUGGAGGAGCUCAAGAAGAAGCUGGAUAAGGCGCAGCUGCCGCCGGAGGCUGCCAAGAUGGCCGACAGGGAGUUGAGGAGAUUGAAGAAGAUGAUGCCUGGGAACCAGGAAUACCAGGUCACUCGCACAUGGCUCGACGUGCUCGCCGAGAUCCCCUGGACCGUGACAACAGACGACAGACUGGGCCCCGAUACUCUGGCGAGAGCCCGCAAGCAACUUGACGAAGAUCACUACGGCUUGGACAAGGUCAAGAAGCGCCUCGUCGAGUACCUGGCCGUCCUGAGACUCAAGCAGUCCAUCAACGAUGAUGUCGAGGAGCAGAUCAAGAAGGCCGAGCAGGAGCUGGUCCCGCCGGAGUCGGACAAGGACAAGGAGGGCGAGACCAAGGAAGAGGAGAAAGUCGAUGCGGAGCAGGAAGAGCGAUCGAAGCUGGCCAACACAAAGCUCGAGGUUCUCCGGUCAAGGCGCAUGGUUGAUAGGUCACCGAUCAUGCUUCUGGCUGGACCACCGGGUGUCGGCAAGACCAGCUUGGCGAGAUCUGUAGCCACCGCGUUGGGCAGAAAGUUCCACCGAAUCUCACUGGGCGGUGUCAGAGAUGAAGCCGAGAUUCGUGGUCACCGACGGACAUAUGUCGCGGCCAUGCCCGGCUUGAUCGUGCAAGGCUUGAGGAAGGUUGGAGUGGCGAACCCUGUGUUCUUGUUGGACGAGAUUGACAAAUUGGGCAUGUCCAACUUCCACGGCGACCCUUCCGCAGCGAUGCUUGAGGUCCUCGAUCCGGAGCAAAACAACUCGUUCACGGAUCACUACGUCGGACUGCCCAUUGACUUGAGCAAGGUACUUUUCAUCGCCACCGCCAACGACCUGAACACCAUUCCGGCGCCCCUCCUAGACCGUAUGGAAACCAUCUACUUGCCAGGCUACACGACGCUUGAGAAACGGCACAUUGCAAUGCAGCACCUUGUGCCCAAGCAAAUCCGGGUCAACGGUCUGUCGGAAGACCAGGUCCACUUCGACAAGGACGUGGUAUCCAAGAUUAUCGAGUCGUACACCCGUGAGUCAGGGGUUCGCAACCUGGAACGCGAGAUUGGCUCCGUCUGUCGUCACAAGGCGGUCGAGUUCGCCGAGGCCAAGGAUGGUGGACAGCUUGAGACAUACAAAGCACAGCUGACGGUUGAGGACAUUGAGGACAUCCUGGGUAGCGAACGGUUUGAGGAGGAAAUUGCCGAGAAGACGAGUCGACCCGGCAUCGUGACCGGCCUGGUGGCGUACAGCUCGGGCGGUAACGGCAGUAUCCUAUUCAUCGAGGUUGCCGACAUGCCUGGAAACGGCAGCGUGCAGCUUACCGGCAAGCUGGGAGAUGUGCUCAAGGAGAGCGUCGAGGUCGCCCUCUCUUGGGUCAAGGCACACGCUUAUGAACUGGGCCUGACGGCGGAGCCGACGACCAACAUCAUGAAGGAGCGCAGCAUUCAUGUCCACUGUCCGUCUGGCGCCAUUCCCAAGGACGGACCUAGCAGUGGCAUUGGCCAAGCCAUCGCCCUCAUCUCUCUGUUCUCUGGAAAGACAGUUCCCCCAACCAUGGCCAUGACCGGUGAAAUAUCCUUGCGAGGCCGUGUGACUGCCGUCGGAGGCAUCAAGGAGAAGCUCAUCGGCGCUCUCCGGGCGGGUGUCAAGACGGUGCUACUCCCCGCGCAGAAUCGGAAGGAUGUGAAAGAUCUCCCGCAGGAGGUCAAGGACGGUCUCGAAAUUCUCCACGUCAGCCACAUCUGGGAGGCCAUCCGGCUCGUCUGGCCCGAUUCCCAGUGGCCCGGCGCUGAGCCGUUCCCUCCCAUCGAGAGCCGUUUGUAA